CUGGUCCAGUCUCUCACGGUCGUCGCCAUAUUGCGACGAGCUUUACACGCCGUCAAACCGCGACGUGCCCCCCGCCCCUGCGGACUAUACCACACCAACUCCGACGACUCCGACUUGGACUGUACAGGCACACGCACGGACGCCGCGACGGCAAUGGACUGAAAAACGGAGCGACCGGAGACACGCCACCAUCGCUGCUAUCCUGUCUGUCUGUCGCCCACUGCAAGUCGUAACGGUUUACGGACGGAUCGCUGUCGGCACGGACGCCGCCGCACACCGAGAGAGGUCCACCGCGCACGUCCUGCAGGGACGGACCCAUUAUUAGUAGUUAGUGGCGGUGUACGCGAGGGCCGUGCGCGCGCGGUUCGUCAUUGAGUGAGACACUGUAUCCGUCUUACGUGUGUGCGGAUCGGGUCGGGAAACACACGACGUGCGUACGUAUACGCCUUAGAUCACAACCUACCUCCAUACACACAGUCGCACGGGACCACCGACCUCCGCGAGAGUCCAUCGCGCCGCGGGAAAAUCGAGCGGGGCUCGGGCGACGACGCACACGGCCGUUGAAAAUUGGACACGACAACGCGGGAUAAAAUAUGGCGCCCGUUGACAAGUCGACCGAUGGAUCCGAUUCGGCCGACAAAUCGGGCACAGCGUCACCUUCGAUCAGCGAAAAUAAGACAGCUGGAGGCACAUCGGGCCAAGGACUCGACCAGUCUGCCAGACAGGGUACGCCUGUCCAAGAUGGUGCGGGUUACGCCGAUACGACAAUGAGUUCCAAGCUAGAAAACGCAGACGUCUCAAAAACUAAACUAUCUGACAAAGAUUUGAGGACGCCAAGCAUACCGUUCAUUACGUCCACGCCAAACACUUUGACUCCAACGGAUAGUUCGGAAAUGCCGCCAUGGGCGUCUUGGUCUAUAAUAAUAGCGGUAGUAUUACUAGCCGUCGGAUUUGUGGGCUUUUGCAUACACAGAUUCUUCAGAAAACGAAGAACAAAAGAUGGCAAAAAAGGAAAAGGAGUUGUCGAUCUAAAAGCUGUCCAACUAUUGGGUUCGGCUUACAAAGAAAAAAUACAACCAGACAUGGAAGAAUUGGCUGAUAAUGCGGAGGAAAUCGCGGAAGAAGGAGACAGUACGAAGGACGAGAAAAAAUUGGGAAGAUUACAGUUCAAGAUGGAAUACGAUUUCCAAGGCAAUACUCUUUCCGUGACUGUGAUCCAAGCGGAAGACUUACCUGCCCUGGACAUGGGAGGUACUUCGGAUCCGUACGUGAAAGUUUACUUAUUACCGGACAAAAAGAAAAAAUUCGAAACUAAAGUGCACAGAAAAACGCUGAAUCCCGUUUUUAACGAAACAUUCCAGUUCAAGGGAAUACCUUAUGCAGAUGCGAUGAACAAGACCUUGGUGUUUGCCAUUUUCGAUUUUGACCGGUUCUCCAAGCACGAUCAAAUAGGAGAAGUAAAAGUUCCCUUGUGUCAGAUUGAUUUGGCCCAGACGAUUGAAGAAUGGAGAGAACUGCAGUCGGUCGAAGGAGAAGGAGGACAGGACAAUAAGCUGGGAGACAUUUGCUUCUCAUUGCGUUACGUGCCCACUGCCGGAAAACUUACAGUGGUGAUAUUGGAAGCUAAAAACUUAAAGAAAAUGGAUGUUGGUGGACUCUCAGAUCCGUACGUGAAGAUCGCAUUAAUGCAAAAUGGGAAAAGGUUAAAGAAAAAGAAAACGAGUAUAAAAAAAUGUACCCUCAAUCCAUACUACAACGAGUCGUUCACAUUCGAAGUGCCAUUCGAACAGAUACAAAAAGUCAAUCUGGUAGUGACGGUGGUCGACUACGAUCGCAUCGGUACGUCUGAGCCCAUCGGCAAAGUGGUGUUAGGCUACAACGCCACCGGCACCGAAUUGCGGCACUGGUCCGACAUGCUGGCGUCGCCGAGACGUCCGAUCGCGCAGUGGCACACGCUGAAGGAUCCGGACGACGACGCGAAAAACUAAGAGAACGUUUACACACAUGCAAGAACCGACCGGACGGCAGGACAUCGCCGACGGUCACCCGUCGUCGCUUGACCACGCUCGCCUCCUUCCCCCCCUCCCCAUCCCCAUCCCACCAACAGCGGAUAUUGUAAUACGAUGUCAUGACAGAAAAUAAAACACCUCAAAACAACACGCGACAUCCGGAAUCCGAAACACAAACGGACACCCACAGCACACCUGAUGAUAUUAUAUAAAUAAUAAAUAUAUAGGUAACACCGUAGGUACAAAACAAUAUCGAAAUAGGUAGAUCAUGCCCGAAUACGAUUGCAUGCCCGAACGAGGAAACGCGUGAUGUCGUGCAUCGUCGUGUUUUCGCGGGCGUAUCGUUGUUAUAAUGUUACGAAACACCUGUUUAUUAUUAUUAUUAUUAUAUUAUUGAUAUUGUCAUUACGAAAUAUAAUAUUAUGCGUGCUUACUUCCUCGUCCGGCGCGUGGCGGUUGUACACGUCCGACAUUGCCGUUCCUUGUUUUCGCGCGGACUAUACAGCGUUUUUCAUCAUCAUCGUAUUAUUACUAUUAUCAUCUAACAGCCAUUACAGUUGUCGUCAACCCGUAACACUCGCCGUCCGACGUCUUCCCCUUCGUCCCUUGUCCCGAAAAACUAUUCAUCCGUUCGUAACGCAUUGUAAUAGGUACCGAACAAAACACUUGACCGACAACCGCGACAGCCGUAGACAAUUAUUCAAUACUAUUAAUAAAAUGUAUAAUUUAUGUGUGACUAUUGUUUUACGUACAUUAUACGUCCGAGCGUGAACUAAGAUACCUAUUGUAUACACAUACCUACAUGUGUGUACCUAUUUUAAUCCAUGCGUCCGGUCUACCGUGGUACGCACGUCUUGAUAAUAUUAUGAUUUACGAUCGUCGCGUUUGUCGUUCAGGCGCCGACCACAGAGAUAUCAUUGUUGUACGCGACAACGUAUUUCAGUGGCACAGCCAGGGGGAGCUAUAUAGACGUCGCGUGUCCCUCCCCGAGAUUUCCGAAAAAUUUAAAAACGCUUAUCUAAAAACAACAAGUAACCGUGUAGGUAUUAAAAAUACAGAGUCGAAAAUUUCACAUACUCACGACAUCAGCCGUUAUACAUCCCCUAAACAACAAAUUAUCAACCGGCCCCUACCCCUCCCCUUCCUCCAAAAACAAAAACUAAUGACAUGACUAUAAUAUUACAAAACACAUCGUAAUAUAAUAUACACCGAUGUCUUCUCUG